AUGUCAUUCUCCUUCAUCCGCGCUGCCUCCGUAACUUGGCGCAGCCCUCAGCCGGACAUACACCAUCACCCCUUUUCCCCCCUCACCCGCGCACUCACCAUCAUCCCUGAGCGCCCCGCAAAGCCCCCUCUUCCAUCUUCUGACGCGUUCGACGACUUCUUCGGUGCAGCACGCACUACCUGCACUUCAGACAGCCGUCACCAUGAACACCCUAUUCCCUCAUCCCCUCCGAUGGGGACAGCUCUCCCACCCGCAUACGCGUAUCCACCCCCUGCGCCGAUCCAUGCAGACCCUGCGUUUGACGAGAGUGAGCUCCCGAGCUACGCCCAGCUCGAGGCUGUACAUGCGCGUCAACCCAUCUCUGCUGAGCUAGAGUCUAUCACUCUUGCGCCAUAUUUCUUCAAAUUUGAUAUCAAUGCCGCGCCCGCUGAUUGGGAGAUGACGAAGACCCCUGCCAAACGCAACGCGCUUUUCGACACCAUGCGCAAGGCCGAGUACAAGUGGGCGCGGAGAGGCAUCGCCGCGGCUGCACUCCUGAGCGUGAUGAUCACCGCCAUAGUGAUCAUCGCGGUCUCACUCUCUCACACAUGA